UGAGUCAGAGGACCACAAGAGUUCUUUCCCGCCACCCUAACUGGAUUCCUUCAGGAAACGGAACCUUAGCGUUCACAGACCGCAGCUGGGGGUCGUCCAGUCCCAGCCAGCCACAAUGGUCCUGAACACUGGCAUGAACUUUAUCCAAUUGCCAAAGGGGACAAUCAGUCACCCAUUGAGCUGCAUACUAAAGACAUCAAGCAUGACCCCUCUUUGCAACCCUGGUCAGCAUCUUACGAUCCUGGCUCUGCUAAGACCAUCCUGAAUAAUGGGAAGACCUGCAGAGUUGUGUUUGAUGACACGUAUGACAGGUCUAUGCUGAGGGGUGGUCCUCUCUCUGGACCCUAUCGACUUCGCCAGUUUCAUCUUCACUGGGGCUCCUCGGAUGACCAUGGCUCUGAGCACACAGUGGAUGGAGUGAAGUAUGCUGCUGAGCUUCACCUGGUUCACUGGAACCCAAAGUACAACACCUUCGGAGAAGCUCUAAAGCAACCCGAUGGAAUCGCUGUUGUUGGCAUUUUUCUGAAGAUAGGACGGGAGAAAGGAGAGUUCCAGAUUUUCCUUGAUGCCCUGGACAAAAUUAAGACUAAGGGCAAGGAGGCUCCUUUCACCCACUUCGACCCAUCCUGUUGCCGCGACUACUGGACCUAUCAUGGCUCCUUCACCACGCCACCCUGCGAGGAGUGCAUCGUGUGGCUGCUGUUGAAGGAGCCUAUGGCUGUGAGCUCAGACCAGAUGGCCAAGCUGCGUAGUCUAUUCGCCAGCACGGAGAAUGAGCCCCCGGUGCCUCUGGUGGGGAAUUGGCGCCCCCCGCAGCCGGUCAAGGGUAGGGUGGUGAGGGCCUCUUUCAAGUGAGGUCCUGGGUUUGCCCUCUGCAGGAAAGAAAACCUGCCCUGAAGAGUCGCCUGCCUCUCCCUGGUGCUCUGUGCUCUAAGCUAUUUUCCAACACUCUGAAGAAAAAGACGCAGUCACAUGAAACCGCAAUGCCUUUUGACAUUAUCUAACCCAGAAGCAUGAAUUUCACUCCUAAUGUUUGUAAUAACCACUUUUCUAUAAAAUUAGUAUUUCUAAUAUUGGUUCAAUGAGGAAGAAAUAGAUUGAAGACUAGAGAUUUAGAAUAGUGGUUUACUGGGCAUAUUACAUUUCUCAGAACCUCAGGACUCCUGUUUUCCAGCCGAGUUACCAACACUACAGAAGUCAUGGUUGUGGGUAUGGAGAUGUGUGCCGACCCUCCCACAGUUAAGUGAAAGCACAAGUUAAGACCACUGUGUUUUACUCUUAAAUAUCAGCAAAACUCCAUCACCCAUUGAAAUUUUGCUUUCUGCCAUGUUUGCCUGGUUUUAAUUGUAUGUAACACACACACACACACACACACACACACACACACACACACACACGAUCAUGUAUUUUAGAAUGUUUGAUCCAGCAUAUGAAUUUCUUCUUCAUAAAAAUGGUUUUCUUUGCCUAAAGCAGGGUCAUUUCUUUUCUAUUUCACUACUUUCAUCUUUGCAUGCCUAUUAAAAUCAUCAUCAUAAUAAAAAUAAAAACUGUCUCUGGUGUCUUUUGAA